AAGAGCAUAAUUGAAUAUAAAAAGGCAAGUUUAAUGAUAAUAAGAAUUAUUAUUUUCUUAAAUUUAUACUAUAGGUAAGUGAGUUUCGGUGCAUAAUUUGCAUUAAAUAAAUUAAUUUUUAUUAGGAGAAGUUUAAUUAGACUUUUUUAAAUCACAUCUCGUACAAAAGAAUUUAUUUUCUAAAAAUUGUAUACCGUAGCAGUUUUUAUGAAAAAAUAUUGCACAAUUAGAACAUUAGAUUAAAGGAUUAUUUGCAUUUUAGAAAUUAUAAAAACAUAUUGAACAUGAAGUUUUUUAUAUUUACUUAGAUGAAGGAAUUUUCUGAUUUUUUUUUUUAAUUUGGCUUAUUUUUAUUUAAAUUUGUUAUUGCUUUUCUGUCUUUUUGUCUAAUAAUUAUUUCUUUUCUUCUUAUUGCUUUUUUUAUUCUUCUUUUUAUUAUGAUAAAUCCUCAUUUUCGUUAAUAUUAGGGUUUUGGGUAUCCAAAAAACCAAUUUUUAAGUUUUUUAUAAUAGAUAUUUGACGAAGAUUAUCUAAUAAUUAAAUUGAUACCUUCUUUUGGGGUUAAUAAUUUUCUUGGAUGACUUUUUUAAUUAUAUUAGCUAUUUUAGAAUCAUUUUGAAGAUUUUAUAAUUCUUAGUUCAAAUAUUCGAUGUAAGUUUCUAUUUGAGUUUUAUCACUUAUAUCGUUAAUUAUUUUUUGUUGGUAUAUUAUGCUUUUUUCGGCAGUCUCUUUGUCUAUUUUUAUGAUUUUUUUUAAAAUUAAAGAUAGGCUGUUUGUUGCUUCUGAAUCUUCUGAGUUUAUAUAUUUUUAAAUAUGAUUUUCUAGAUUUUAGUUUUUUUGGAGAUACUCGGAAAUAUUUUUAUUUGAAAAAAUAUCGAAUUUCGAUUAUUUUUCAAUUUUAAUAUCUUGUAUUUCGUUUAAAUUUUUUAAUUUGUAAAUGCAUAAAAAUUAAUCUUCAUUGUCUUAUUUUAAAAAUAAAGUAGUAAGAUAAUUAUUAUAUUUAAAAGGUAAAACUUAUUAAUAAUUUUUGAAUCUUUAAUUUAUUAUUGAUUUUUACAAAUUAAUUUAACUUUUUUAAAUUUAAUUUAUUGUUUCUGGUUAAAAACUAUUUUCUAAUACUUAAAUAAGCUAUUCUGAGUUUCUUAUAUUUUAUAUUUAGUCGUGUUAAAAUUAAGGGAAGAAAUCAUUAUCUAAUUAAUCCCAAAGUUAAAAUGAUUCGUUUGUAUAUAAAGCAUGUGGAGUUAUUCUUUUUAUUAAUUAAUCGAAUACAAAAUGUUAAUCUGAUUAUUAUUGAAUUUGACUUUUUUAUAAAAGUGAAUUUAUUUAUAUGCUAGAUAUUAAUUCAUCAUUUUCAUUAUUGUCCCAAUAACUCUCUUGUGAUGUUUAGGACUAGUUUUGGCUUGAAUUUAAUAAAGAAUUGCUAUUUUAUG